GCGCGGUGGGGGCGACGACGACGACGACGACGUGAGCGCGCAGGGGGGCGGCGGCCUCACCUUGUCUGGCUCUCCCUGCCUGGGUCCGGGUGACGCCGAGCGCCACAGAGAUGUCGGAUUUUGACAGUAAUCCGUUUGCGGACCCGGAUCUCAACAACCCGUUCAAGGAUCCAUCAGUUACACAGGUGACAAGAAAUGUUCCACCAGGACUUGAUGAGUAUAAUCCAUUCUCGGAUUCUAGAACACCUCCACCAGGCAGUGUGAAAAUGCCUAAUGUACCUAAUACACAGCCAGCAAUAAUGAAACCAACAGAGGAACAUCCAGCUUAUACACAGAUUGCGAAGGAACAUGCCCUGGCUCAAGCUGAACUUCUUAAGCGCCAAGAAGAACUAGAAAGAAAAGCUGCAGAAUUAGAUCGUCGAGAACGAGAAAUGCAAAACCUCAGUCAACAUGGUAGAAAAAAUAAUUGGCCACCACUUCCUGAGAAUUUUCCUGUGGGACCUUGUUUCUAUCAGGACUUUUCUGUAGACAUUCCUGUAGAAUUCCAAAAGACAGUAAAGCUUAUGUACUACUUGUGGAUGUUCCAUGCUGUAACACUGUUUCUAAAUAUCUUCGGCUGCCUGGCUUGGUUUUUUGUUGAUUCUUCAAGAGGGGUUGAUUUUGGAUUGAGCAUCCUGUGGUUCGUGCUUUUCACACCUUGCUCAUUUGUCUGUUGGUACAGACCACUUUACGGAGCCUUCAGGAGCGACAGUUCCUUCAGAUUCUUUGUGUUCUUCUUCAUCUAUAUCUGUCAGUUCGCUGUCCAUGUGCUCCAGGCUGCGGGAUUUCAUAACUGGGGCAAUUGUGGUUGGAUUUCAUCCCUUACUGGUCUUAACCAAAAUAUUCCUGUUGGAAUCAUGAUGAUAAUCAUAGCAGCACUUUUCACAGCAUCAGCAGUCAUCUCACUAGUUAUGUUUAAAAAAGUACAUGGACUGUAUCGCACAACGGGUGCUAGUUUUGAGAAGGCCCAACAGGAGUUUGCAACAGGUGUGAUGUCCAACAAGACUGUCCAGACUGCAGCCGCAAAUGCAGCUUCAACUGCGGCCACGAGUGCGGCUCAGAGUGCUUUCAAGGGUAACCAGAUCUAGAGGCCUCCGCAGUACACUGUUACCUUCUGACGGUACCAUUCUCUCCAGUUACUGUAUUCUGCAGGUGUUUUUAUGUUGGAAACACAGUACACACAGCAUGAGUAUUUCCUGUUCACAUGUGCAUGGGGUAAAAGCAGAAAAAUUUCCACAUCUUAUUUUACUGAAUAGUUUCUUCAUAUUUCAGUGCCCCAGCAGAAGAAUAUUACAUGCUAAAUAAACAUUCUCCAUAUUUUGGGGGGAUGGUGUUCAGCAAAUUAUUUCAGUGGUGACCAGCUGAAAUUAACAUGGUACAAAAAAACAUGGUACAAAUUAACAUGAUCUAAAAAACUCUUAGUACUAACUGUAAUUGUUCUUUUAAGACUCUUUAAUGGUAAGUAUGACACAAGAAAGCAUUCUUCUUUUCCUUAUUUAUUUUGAAAGAAAUAAGCCAGCAGAGACACACAUUUUUAAAUUGACUUACUUUUUUAUCAGUUUCAGUCACCAGUGACAGCCUGUGUGACUGAAUUGUGGUAGAUGAUGUAUAUUUUGUCUUUUAUUUUCUUUUUUAAGAGUAGUUGAUAUUUUGAUAAGUCUCUCAUCUUGCAUGGACAACAUGUUGCUUAAAUUAAAAGAAUUAGUAUUUUGGGUUCUGUACUGCGUAUACUUAAUAGGAAUCAGGGUUGUUUAUGGAUCAUAGAAGUGAUUUUCUGUAAUAGUUUCUUUUAAAUAAAAAUUAUUGGGGUACAAUAUGAGACUUUAAUAUAAUAUGCAGUGCAUUAUCCAAAAGAGAAGGUAGUCAGUGCAAUAGAAUGUAGAAAUAAUAAUUCCUUUUAUUUUAUUUCUAAUUUUCAGUAUUCAUAUAGUAAAAUUUUACUGUAUGGAAACUUUAGUAUAUUCUCUUGGGCACUCUUUUUAAUUGAACUGAGAUUGUGUUCGGCAGCUUAUUUUGGGUGUGUGUGUGCGGGUGCGUGUGUAUUUUUUGACAGAGGUAUUAAAGGCUAACCUAAUCCUUGUCUAAAAAGAAUAUACAGUAUUUAAGGAAUUUUUCCUUUAGCCUCUCAUUUCUAGUGGCAUUAAAAAUAAAAAGACCUUAGCAUUUCUAAUAUACUUGAAUCCCUAAUGGGCCUACGUCUUUCACUUUUUGAGAUAGACUGAAUACAUUUAAAUUGUUCACAAUAAAAAAAUCAAAACAUUGCACCAAGCAAGACAGUACAUACAAACUGUUAAAAGCAUUAAUUAUGAACAUAAUCACAUUGAAAUCAUUACCGUGUAGCACAGAACUUUAUUCUUAGGUUAUACUUGGGUUUAAACUUUGAAUCAUUUGUAAUAUUGAUUAAAUGACUUAAAAGCAUUUCUAAAUCAUGCUGUAUUUUGAAAACCUUUAGGUAACUUUUGGUUUCAGAAUGAUGGGUAGUGGUUUAUGCAGCUUGAUUUUAAGUAAAGAUGAUGUAUUGGAUUAUAUUAUUUAAGAAUGAAUCUUUUAAAAAAAAUCAAGUGGGCAUAAAUGGAAUAAAUCAUAUUUAUUCUCCUUCCCAAAUCUGGGGUUUAAAGUAAGUUUCAUGCUGAAGGUGGGAGGCCAAGUUCUUACUGUUUAUGAGGAGGCUCUGUGUGCUCCUCGGAAACAGAGCUCAUGCAGCUGUUUACAUUUGAUUUAUUUGGGACUUUAUUAAUUACAUAGUUGCAAAACAUUUCUUUUAUUCUGAAGAAAAUAGGAUUCAGAGUGUGAAUUAAAGCUGUUUUUAUAAAUAUUUCUAAUCAGUGAUAAUCUUCACCUACAUUCUCACCCAGCCCAGCAGCUCUAGUUCUUCAGAUCCCAUAGUCUUAGUGAAAACUUGUUUUAUUGGGUGUGGAUUUUUCAAAACAUUAACCACAAAAUGCAACAAGAGCAUUGUAUCUGCCACUAAUUUAUAUCCCAAGUCCAUUUUUUUGUUUUUCUCUAAAAGAAAAACAAUAAUAACAAAAGUAUUGUCAGAUUUUUGAAAAAUAACUAUUUUUUCCUUCAGAAUUGCAAUGUUUUUGUUAUGUAGAAAUCUCCAAAGGUAACAUUAUUAAAAGCAAAGAUUAUUACAACCCACAGUGUCUUUUUCUGUGUGAACAGAGAAACAAACCUUUAAAUUUCAAUUUAAUACAAGUUAAUACAAGUUAAGAGGGAGAAUUGUUUUUUAGAAACAUAAAUGUGCAUUGCCUACACACUGACAAUGCCUGCAGUUCAAUCAGGUAUGAAAGCAGCUUUAAAUUCUCAUAUUCACUUGUCUCAACAAUAAUCAGUAAACAGUUAAUUUUUACUCAACAAAAGAUUGGCAUUUGUUAGUUUUUCAUACUUAAUACUAAAAUUAUGAGGUACCACCAUCACAAAAUGGUCUUCAUAUGGUAGGCAUCCACAUCAUCUUUCAGUUUGCAUUAUUAAAUUAUGACUAUUCUAUUUGAAGCUAAAGUUUGAACACUGGAAAAAAAAUUCUUGCUCAGUGAUUUGUAAUCUGGGUCUUGGUUCUUGAUCUGGGGAUGUUUGUAUAUUUUGUAGGUGAGUAUACUGCGCUGCCAUCAUGGUGACUGUCAUGGUUCUGUACCAAUGCCUUCCAUCUGUCCUCUAAUGUUGCAUGUUUUCAGUGGUUUGGAAGUUUUGUAUAUUUAUUGUAUUAAUGCAGAGUGUCAUAAAAUAAAAUACUGUUUAUUGGA